UGUCUGCAGGGACGACCUCACCAACUCCUACCUUGGAUGCUGCACAAAAGGCCAGCUCCCAUGGCAGGGGUCCUCUGACAGGAGAGACCAAAGACAUGGCAGGCAGGAAAUUCCAGGACCCAUUAGAAAUCAUGUGGCAAAUGCUGAAGGAACGUCUGCAGAGAAGACAAGAAAUGAAAGGAGAGCCUGCGGAGAAAGAAGCAUUUCCCGGAGGAAGCAGUGGUUGCAUGCCAGCCUCAGCUCCAGGAAGGGAGGCCAUGCCAGGCACAGGCACAGGAGAUGAGGGUGCUGGGAAGGCUUCUCCAUCAGCUUGGAUGAAUAAAGUUUUGAAGCCCUUGGAGCCUCCUGCAGAUGUGUCUACAGGGAAGACUUCUCCAGCUUCUCCAGCUGCUACCUUGGAUGCUGCACUCAAGCCCAGCUCCCAUCUCAGGGGUACUCCAACAGGGAAAAUCCAAGAUACAACAGAUAAGAUAUCACUGGAAGCAACCAAACAGAUGAGGCAAGAGCUGAAGGAUCCCCUGCAGACAAGAGAAGAGAUGGACAUAGUGCUUCAGUGGAAGGUGGUAUUUCUUGAAGGAAGCACUCCAUCUUCGGUGCCAGCCCCUGCUGCAGGAAGGAAGGCAAAGCCAGACACGGGCACAGGCACAGCAGACUGGGAUGCUGGGAAGGAUUCUCCAUUAGCCUGGCGCUCUGAAGUUGUGAAGCCCUCUGAGCAUUCUGCAGGCGUGUCUGCAGGGACGACCUCACCAACUCCUACCUUGGAUGCUGCACAAAAGGCCAGCUCCCAUGGCAGGGGUCCUCUGACAGGAAAGACCAAAGACAUGGCAGGCAGGAAAUUCCAGGACCCAUUAGAAAUCAUGUGGCAAAUGCUGAAGGAACGUCUGCAGAGAAGACAAGAAAUGAAAGGAGAGCCUGCGGAGAAAGAAGCAUUUCCCGGAGGAAGCAGUGGUUGCAUGCCAGCCUCAGCUCCAGGAAGGGAGGCCAUGCCAGGCACAGGCACAGGAGAUGAGGGUGCUGGGAAGGCUUCUCCAUCAGCUUGGAUGAAUAAAGUUUUGAAGCCCUUGGAGCCUCCUGCAGAUGUGUCUACAGGGAAGACUUCUCCAGCUUCUCCAGCUGCUACCUUGGAUGCUGCACUCAAGCCCAGCUCCCAUCUCAGGGGUACUCCAACAGGGAAAAUCCAAGAUACAACAGAUAAGAUAUCACUGGAAGCAACCAAACAGAUGAGGCAAGAGCUGAAGGAUCCCCUGCAGACAAGAGAAGAGAUGGACAUAGUGCUUCAGUGGAAGGUGGUAUUUCUUGAAGGAAGCACUCCAUCUUCGGUGCCAGCCCCUGCUGCAGGAAGGAAGGCAAAGCCAGACACGGGCACAGGCACAGCAGACUGGGAUGCUGGGAAGGAUUCUCCAUUAGCCUGGCGCUCUGAAGUUGUGAAGCCCUCUGAGCAUUCUGCAGGCGUGUCUGCAGGGACGACCUCACCAACUCCUACCUUGGAUGCUGCACAAAAGGCCAGCUCCCAUGGCAGGGGUCCUCUGACAGGAGAGACCAAAGACAUGGCAGGCAGGAAAUUCCAGGACCCAUUAGAAAUCAUGUGGCAAAUGCUGAAGGAACGUCUGCAGAGAAGACAAGAAAUGAAAGGAGAGCCUGCGGAGAAAGAAGCAUUUCCCGGAGGAAGCAGUGGUUGCAUGCCAGCCUCAGCUCCAGGAAGGGAGGCCAUGCCAGGCACAGGCACAGGAGAUGAGGGUGCUGGGAAGGCUUCUCCAUCAGCUUGGAUGAAUAAAGUUUUGAAGCCCUUGGAGCCUCCUGCAGAUGUGUCUACAGGGAAGACUUCUCCAGCUUCUCCAGCUGCUACCUUGGAUGCUGCACUCAAGCCCAGCUCCCAUCUCAGGGGUACUCCAACAGGGAAAAUCCAAGAUACAACAGAUAAGAUAUCACUGGAAGCAACCAAACAGAUGAGGCAAGAGCUGAAGGAUCCCCUGCAGACAAGAGAAGAGAUGGACAUAGUGCUUCAGUGGAAGGUGGUAUUUCUUGAAGGAAGCACUCCAUCUUCGGUGCCAGCCCCUGCUGCAGGAAGGAAGGCAAAGCCAGACACGGGCACAGGCACAGCAGACUGGGAUGCUGGGAAGGAUUCUCCAUUAGCCUGGCGCUCUGAAGUUGUGAAGCACUCUGAGCAUUCUGCAGGCGUGUCUGCAGGGACGACCUCACCAACUCCUACCUUGGAUGCUGCACAAAAGGCCAGCUCCCAUGGCAGGGGUCCUCUGACAGGAGAGACCAAAGACAUGGCAGGCAGGAAAUUCCAGGACCCAUUAGAAAUCAUGUGGCAAAUGCUGAAGGAACGUCUGCAGAGAAGACAAGAAAUGAAAGGAGAGCCUGCGGAGAAAGAAGCAUUUCCCGGAGGAAGCAGUGGUUGCAUGCCAGCCUCAGCUCCAGGAAGGGAGGCCAUGCCAGGCACAGGCACAGGAGAUGAGGGUGCUGGGAAGGCUUCUCCAUCAGCUUGGAUGAAUAAAGUUUUGAAGCCCUUGGAGCCUCCUGCAGAUGUGUCUACAGGGAAGACUUCUCCAGCUUCUCCAGCUGCUACCUUGGAUGCUGCACUCAAGCCCAGCUCCCAUCUCAGGGGUACUCCAACAGGGAAAAUCCAAGAUACAACAGAUAAGAUAUCACUGGAAGCAACCAAACAGAUGAGGCAAGAGCUGAAGGAACCCCUGCAGACAAGAGAAGAGAUGGACAUAGUGCUUCAGUGGAAGGUGGUAUUUCUUGAAGGAAGCACUCCAUCUUCGGUGCCAGCCCCUGCUGCAGGAAGGAAGGCAAAGCCAGACACGGGCACAGGCACAACAGGACUAACCAUAGCGCUAGCUUUCCUCCUACCAGAGUCACAGAACAACACAGCUGUCAUCGCUUGGACCAGGCACAUCAGCCGUGGGCGGCCUCAGCUCACCUGUGUCCUGAAGCACCUCGGGCAAGCCAUCACCCUCACUGGCCUGAUAGAUACCGGAGCAGACGUCACUCUGAUAUCGAGAUCGAAAUGGCCACAGGACUGGACCGUCGUGCCUACGCUGGAUCAGCUGGCAGCCAUGCCUGACAUGGACAAAGUCCUAGCCAGCACCCACAAGGACACCGUCCCCAAGUGA